AUGGAAACCGUCCUUAUCGUCGGCUCAACAGGCAACAUCGGCAUCGCGGCUGCCCACGGAGCCCUCCAAGCCGGCCGCAAAGUCCUGGCGGUCGUUCGCAGCCAAGCCUCGGCCGACAAGCUCAUCAAAGCUGUCGGAUCCGCAGAGGGCAUCACCACCGUCGUGGCCGACGUCACAUCGGACACGGCCAUCAAGGGCGUGGUGGACCGGGUUCGGGCUGGAGAGCUACCGGCUUUUCAACAUGUUUAUGCAUGUGUCGCCUACCGCGACACCAUCGGCUACCUGGUGGAGCAGAACCACCCCGACAGCACCUGGACCAUCUGCACAGGCGCGCAGGGCGACCUGGCCACCUUCCCGCUGCCGGCCAUGACGCAGGGCCCGCUCUACUCGAUGGCCACGGCGGCCAGCCGCGAGAACGCAGACACGAACGUGCGCUUCGUCGAGGUCUACCUCGGCUUCCUGGUGCAAGUGGACGACGUGGCGGCCGAGAGGGGCGCGGUGCCGUCGUCCGAGUUCGCCAAGGUGUACACCAAGAUCUUGGAGGAUCGGGCGGUCAAGGGCGCGAGGGUGUGGGUAGAGAAGAAGGAGGAUAUGGAGACGUUGAGGGUUACGAGCAAGUUUUAGUUUUGUUUGUGUUGUACUUGGUCUAAAAUCCACGAAUAAACCGGUACAAAUUCUCCUGCAUGGCAAUGACCUUGCUUAUCCCUGGCGCCAUGUGCUCGACGCCGUGCGGAAGCCCCGGGUAGUGGUGAAACUCGACCUCGACGCCCGCCAUGGCCAACGCGGCCGCGAACCGGGCGACCUCGUCUCGGAACAGGUCCAGCUCCGGGACGUCGACAAAGGUGGGCGGCAGGCCGCGCAGGUCUUCAGGUCGCGCCCGGCCCGGCGCCGCGUAUAUGGGCAUGUUUUGGUCGGUGCGCUCCGCCCUCGUCUUGCCGCCGGCGUAGGCCGUCCAGCCCAGCUCGUUGGCCACGCAAUUCCACACGUGGUAGCGGUGCAGCGGGUCGUCGACCGAGCCCUUGGUGCGGUCGUCCAGCAUCGGCACGUCCUCCACCGCCGCGGGCGCCGGGUGCUCGGGCGCCACGCGGUACCCCGGCACAAACACCUGGCUGUGCGUCCGCGCCGCCAUGGUGCCGGCCGCGUCGACGUUGCUGGCCGCGCUGCCCAUGAUCAUGCCGCCGCCGAAGCAGAAUAUGACGGCGCGGGCCGGCCUCGUCGUGGCGGUUUCUGCGGCGGUUUCUGCGGCGGUUGCCUCGGGCGCAAAGUGCAGCACUUCUAUCGGCGUGCCGUCGGCGGAUGUGACGGAGUGCGAGGGGAGCUGGGCGGCGCCUGGUGGGACGGGCGCGGGCGGGGCCGAGAAUAUGGCUCCGAGUAUGGCUCGGAGCGCAUGCACGUCGCUGGGCUUGCCGAUAUCCGCCGCUCCGUUCCAGAUCGGCUGCAGCUCGGGGUCUACAGGCGAGGGUCACCUGGACGAGAUGAAAGAGCUAAUUCGGGUUUACUGCUGUCACGGAUUUCGGGACAUCGCACUGUUACAACAACCCGGCCAGCGCCGGUUGGCCGAAAUCGCCCGUGAGGUUUUUGCAGAUGUUCGAAUAACGAACAAUGACUGUCUCGUCUUGGUGGAAUACCGUCCGCCCGAAUACCGCGGGACCAGGUGUACAAAAGAGAGAGAAAGAGCGAGAAAGAGAAAUUGA